CUUAAUUAAUUUUGCUCUACAAAUCACUGCAGUAAUUUUAGUUAAAUACCCAGUAAUCAAAUGAGCAUACAUUAAUAGAGCAAACUGCAAAUGGUUGUUUUAUACAACAUUUUAUUAACAUAGUUUAAAUGGUCGUACGUCUAGUACACCGCUGUUACGGUGAAGUCUCACGGUUUCAACUUGUGAAGUCAAUUUUAAUUCAACAUUAUAGGUCAUAGCAAAUGUAUUGAUUUGAUUUAUUGAAUCUUAACAUAUAAAAUUUGUGUUUUGUUUGUGUUUGAAGCCAAAAAAUGCGUUACAAUUUCAUUAUUUGAGAUAUUGACUGUAUUAAAGUGGGACACGGAAUCGCGCUAUAGGUUUGGUCGGAUGUUUGAAACCCCCCACGCGGGCAACGCUGAAUGGUUCAGUCCGACUGGAACUGACGAUUCCGCGUUUUCUAAAGGCGACGGUUUUAUUUACAAGUCAUCUUUCUGUCGUGUAUUAAAUCGCCGUAUACGUAAACGUUAUCACAUAUACAUUAAGUUACAUAAAAAAGGGCGCAGUAUGGAUUCCUAAUUAUAUUGCAUUAAUUCGACAGCGGUUCUAUCUCUAUUUAGGACACCCCUGUCGUUCCUGGGUAACGUUUUCUGUUCCUUGCACUUCCUCGUUCAAAAGUUUUAUUUUGACGAAGGCUUGGUGAAAAGUUGGACCUCAAGGUUUCGAUAUCUCGACGUUGUUAUCGUUAAACAGGACGCGUACGGUUCAUAUGUAUCGUACGUUUUGGCAUAACCAGCGUGUAGCUGCCCCUGUUUCCCCCCAUGGCUGCACUCGUUAGAAGCUGGCUAACGUUGCACUGAGCUGCUCCGUGAGGAAGAAGAUGUCCACAGCUAAUGUUAGCGAAGACAUCCGAGCGAAGUUCCCCCUUCACUCCGCCGUGUGGGAGAAUGACUACCGGAGACUGGAGGAACAAAUAACGUUACCGCAGAAUGAAAUUGAGGCUGUGGACCCCAGAGGUCGGACCCCUCUGCACCUGGCUGUGUCGCUGGGCCACCUGGAGUCGGUCCGAGUGCUUCUGAGACACGGUGCUGAAGUUACUAAAGAGAACUGCAUGAACUGGACAGUGCUGCAGGAGGCCGUCAGCACUGGAGAUCCAGAGAUGGUUCAGUUGGUGCUUCAACGCCGAGACUACCUCAAAGCCUCCACUGCUCUGGGGGGAGUGCCUGAGCUGCUGUCAAAGAUCCGAGAGUCUCCAGACUUCUACAUGGAAAUGAAGUGGGAAUUCACCAGUUGGAUCCCUCUUCUGUCCCGGGUUUGUCCAAGUGAUGUUUGCCGCAUUUGGAAAAGCGGCGCCAGCCUGCGAGUUGAUGCCACUCUUCUUGGCUUUGAAAACAUGACUUGGAUCAGAGGGCGCAGAAGCUACAUCUUCAGAGGAGAGGAUUCGUGUGCAGAGUUAAUAGAGGUGAACCAUGACGAUGAAGUAGUGGAAACGGAACGCUACAACAUAUCUCAAGAAAUCGAGCAUGUCACGUUAGAGUCGAUGCAGCCAGCGGAGCAGGAAGUGGCCAAACGGUUGACCACUUCUAUUGUCAACACCUACUUGGACACCAAGGACAUUGAUUUUGAAAGGAACAAGUCUGGGAUUUGGGGCUGGAGAGCUGACAAAACUGAGAUGGUCAAUGGAUUUGAAGCAAAGGUUUUCAGUGUGAACAAUGUAAAUGUGGUAAUCAGGACGAGGACAGAGCAUCUUACGGACGAGGAGAAAGCCAGGAUAAAAAGUGAAAGGAACGUCUUGGAGUCUCUGCUCGGGACUGUGGAGCAGCACAUAAGUGCACAAGGGGACCUGACUCUCGAGUAUGCAACCGCCACCAAUCCCACCGCCAUCACUCCGGAGGAAUACUUUGAUCCAGACUUUGAACUGGGGAACAGAGACAUCGGUCGACCCAUUGAGCUGAGCAUUCGAACACAGAAGUUCAAAGGUACGUUGUGGAUGAGCGAGGAUCAUCCUCUGUCUCUGGUGGAGCAAGUAACUCCCAUCAUCGACCUCAUGGCUCGGACCAGUUCCCAUUUUGCACGUCUACGGGACUUUGUAACCCUCAAAUUUCCUCCUGGAUUUCCUGUUAAACUAGAGAUUCCCCUGUUCCAUGUGCUGAAUGCCAGAAUUACAUUUGGUAGUGUCAAUAAAUGUAGUACUGAGGAGGAGGCAAACACAACACCAGCAGCCACACCAACAUCCCCGGGAGAAGAGGAAGAAGCUGCAGCGCUGCCUCUGUUUCAGGUUUGUCCUUCCGUGUUUGAGGUGCCCGCCGGUUAUCAUCGCAGAGGAGGCAGCCGACAUGCACCCGAGUCCAACAACGAGGAGCAGCUUCUGCAGUACGCCAUCCAUCAGAGCCUCCUGGAGUCCCACACCGGCCCGGGCCAGGAGGGGACUUCCGACGAUGCUGAUGGGGAAUUCACUGAUGUGAUGCCCAGUAGCCAGAGUGACCGGAGUAUCCCAGAGGGGGUGCUAGUGGAAUAUGAAGACACCCCCAGCCCCGUCAGCUCCCACUCUGCCUCAAGCCCCGACUCAGAGCUACGCCUGGCCAUGGAGCUCUCGGCCCGCGCUCAACAGGAAGAGGACAGGCUGAGGAAGCAGGAGGAGGAAGAGCUGGAGAGGAUCUUGCAGCUAUCACUUACCGAGAAGUAAAAUUAACAAGAGGGAAUAAUAAUAAUGCAGCUUUUCCAGAUCCAGAAGAAACAUCCACACCUCAAUUUUUCUUCCUAACCACUGUCGUCAUCUAUGCAACUGCGGGUUUCUUUCUGUAGCAGGUCAUUCUUGUCAGACUCUCGCUAUCCAAUAUUUCCAAAGGGUAUUUUUGGUAAGAGUAGACUCCUUUAUACGUUUAUAUAUCAGCAUAGUGUGUCGCCAUCCUCAACCUCAAAUUUGUGAACUGUUUUAGAUCAUUUCAGGUCCUUUCUACUUUUGAUUAUUUUCCUACUCAAAUCGGAAUCACAGCAGCAUCCCGUGUGUGUUAAUCACAGUGUUGUCCAGCGUGGGGCCAAAUCAGUGUAAAUAGGGUUCUAAAUUACAACUGGAGUUGACUUAAUGUUCUGACACUCAAAUGUGUUUCUUUACGUCCAGAGAACUUUUUUUUUUUCAUGCUACCUGUUGCAUCAGCCCCUGGUGUUUUAGAUGGCAAGAGUAAAGCAGCCGUGCAGGAUAAAUGGCCGAUAGUAGUGUGGCCGUAAAGAGACGGAUGUGUGAGUGUGUUCACCGUGAGGUCUUUCUACUGCGUCACUUUUUUGAGAACCGUGUGCUCAUUGAACAACAGAAAUCUCAGGGUUCCAAUUUUACGCAUUUUACUUUGGAGUAAGUUUGUAAAUGUAGCAGAAAUGUUUCUCUGGCGUGAAAUGGCAUCCCUCGUGCAUGUAUUAGUAUGAAUUCUGAAAGCUGAACUCUGCUGAGUUCAUUGACUCAAAGGUGCAUACGGUAAUGCAUGUUCUUGUACGUGGUGAAUGUACGCUCUACAGAAGGGUAAACGGAGGCGUGCUGCUGUGAGGGAAACUUUAUUAUAACGGUAUAUCUUUGUUGCAUCAAGGGUGGGGGUUUUGCUUUCCCGGCCUGAUUUUCAUUGAAUAUUUUCUCCGAUUUCAUUGUGAAACAACAUAAUUGCAGAGGACAGUUUGUCUUUUGUUUGUAGCUGUCAUGCAUUUUAAAAGCGAUCACACAGCCAAUGCUCAGAGAUUACUCCCAUUUUUACAGGCAAUCUAUUAUCUUUUUGUAGCCACAAACAACUCUUGACCUCCGAGCAGAAGAAAAGACCGCACAGGUCGGGCACGUCCGCCGUAUUUAGGAUUCGUUUCUUCAGCAUGUGCCAAGGGAUAGCUUUGAUCUGAAGACGCUCGGUGGCAGCAGGAGUAGAUGACGAUUUUAUGUAGUGCCACUAAACCUUUUGAACAAAUUUUCCUCUUUUAAAAUUUUGUAACUUCAAAAACAGGUGAAUAUGUUUCAGUGGCACCAUGCUGAGUGACAUGCACUAACCACUAUAGAUGCUUUCACUGACAACCAACCACUCACCAAACGCUGUGUGCAGCUGCGUCUGACAGCUGAACAACUAAUUAUCAAAAUGAGUUUUGCGAAAUCGAUGAACCGUCAACUUUAAAAAGAACGCUAGCUUUGGUUAAUUUAAGGCAGGUCUUUGUUAUAGCAACGUUCCAGCUGAAUCUUUUUUUUCUAUGUUUAAAUUUUACGAAAAUGUUCUAAAAUAAAAGCACUUUAUUUCCAUGACAACUAUAGUAGACUCUGUUUAUUUUCUUUGUUUACAAAGAAACGCUGGAAACAAAGACAAACAUUCGCUUUUCUAUCAUGAAUAGUUAGGUGUUGGUCAUCAUAAUUUUGACUAAAUAUGUUCCUACCAAUGAAACAAUUGAGUUUUGCGUGUGAUUGAGAGUCAGCUUUAAUUUCAUGAUUUGUAAAUUAAUAUCUGGAUAUUUGUUUUAUAUCUGUUUUUGUUUUCAUUCACCUAACCACUUUGUAGAUUUCAGGGAAGUGUAGAAAUAAACAAUAAAAGUGGAUUAAUGUAUUCAAGCAAGGAGCACUCCCAUGAUUACUGUAAAUUUAAUAACGUUUGCAAAACUCCAGGCUUUUAAAUAAUAAUACUUUGCAGUACAGCACCAAAUAAAUACUAUAUAAAAUGA